AGCAUAACGGUGAUUCUUUCAUAGCGCUUUGGUGCCAUUUUUGAAUUCGAAGCAGAAGACCCGCCAUAUUGUUUUUUAGGGUACGAGUGUACAGUUUUCUACGGACUUUGAACCCAACUUUCCCAGAAAGUUAGGGGCGUUUCUACGAAGUCGCCACCUUGUACUCAUCUAAACAGUAAUAGGGACCGGUCAGACCAUGUCUGACGAGGACGAUGUUCCCGAUCUCAUCGACUCGGACUCUGAUGAGUCAGAGGACAUCACCACUGCAAGCUCCAACGCUGAAAGUGCAAAAAUAUGGUUCCAGAUACCUCUUGCUAAACAGAGCAUCCAACGUCAGGUGAUGAAAAUCAACCUGCUAUCACCUUUCCUGUUCGGCCAAGUCCAACAGCCAGACAAGUGGACAGCCUGGGCGUUCCAGCACAGCCUGCUGCCCAGUAAGAAAGAGUUCAAGAUCGACAGCCUCCCCCGGGAGUAUUUCGAUGCUGUAGAGCUAGUAGAGGAGGCUCAUGACAAACUCCACACUACCCUUGAUGAGAGGACGCUUACUGAAAUCCUCGACCUGAUCGACAGAAUCAACACUUAUGAGUACGACAAGGUAUACGUAGCAAUAUCCAAUGCAGAGAAGUACUUUCCAUUCAAGAAGAUCUGUGACAGUAUACAGGGUGGAAAGAAGGACUCCAAAAUGGUGGCAAUCCUCCUGGCUGCACGACAGCUCCACGACCAUGUCAACAAACUCACAAGAUGGGGCAGAAACCCUGUGACUGAGUACGAGGAUGAGUGUCGAGUAGAUGAGAAGAAGGCAACAAGGCUCAAAAAGACAGGAAAUGAGUGUUUUACAGAGGGAAAAUUCAAGCAAGCAAUAGCGAGUUACACAAAGGCUCUGUACAGCAGCUCUUUCAAUCACAUUCUGUAUGGAAACCGUGCCCAGAGUUACCUUAAAACUAACGACUACUGGAGCGCCCUCUGUGACGGGAAGAGGGCGAUCGUGCUGAAGUAUGACUGGCCUAAGGGCAACUACCGCUUAGCGGAGGCCUACUUUCACCUGGGUAUGAUAGAGAAAGCUCUUGCCGUCAAUGCAAAUGCCAUGAAGGUUUGCAAAACAUCCGAAGCAAUGAAGGCUGACAUGAAAGACAUUGAACACCAGGCUGUACGCUUCAAGGAAGAAAAGGAGAGGCGACAGAAACAGCUUAGGAAAGAAACAGUCAAUGGCAGUGUUCCGGACAUUGACGACGUCCCCGGCUUGGUAGAACCGGGCUCCAGUGAUGAGGAAACAAGCAGUGAUGAUUAUGAUGAGGACGGUAUGCCUGGUCUUGUUUCGGAUCAUGAGUUUUCUGAUGAUGACACUGCCAAAGUUAAAAGCACUAAAGUCAAAACAAAACUCGCAAAACCCAAACCAAAAAAGCAAUCUGAAACACAAGGAGCAUCCAAACCCUCCAGACCCAACAAAGAGGCAAAAGUGAGAAAGGCAGAGAGAGAGAAACAACCUCGGGAGCCCCCUGUUGAUAGAGACACGCAGGUUAGACUUGACUUUGAGGGUCACAUGAGCCAGGGCACAAUCGCCCUGCUGGAGGGGAGGGUACGUAAUGCAAUCUACUGCUACAGCAAUGCUCUGGAGAUGUCAAAUGAACACACCCUGCUGUUGAAACCCUCUCUGGUGGUUAUAGUUGUCUUGAAGUAUUCUCUUGGCAAAGCUUAUGCAACAACUGAACUUGGAAAGGACUUGCAAGCUGCUUGCUUUCAUUUCAAAGAAAUCAUUGAAGACCACUCCAGUAUCACCUUUCCCCUAGCACACCAUGGCUUAGGAUCUGUAUAUAUUCAACAAAAUAGGUACCCUGAUGCAAGAAGCAUCAUAAAAAGGGGUUUAGAUGUGACGUCAGACCCCAACUCUAGGAUAAAUGUGUACAAUUGGCCUGGGAGCCACAGGAUGAUCGAGCUGUCUGAAGUCAAGCAAUUGAGGAAAGAACUGCUGAAAUUGCUUAGCAUGUGUAUGAGCCCCCCUCGGCCAGAUGCCAUCUGCCGGUAUUCAGACUGCACCGGAUUCUUCCAGAGUGGUAUAUUCCUCACCGACCCUGAUUUCAAGGGGUUUGUCAGGAUGGAGUGUUCAGAGAGGUGCAAGGUGGAGUUCCACCCAACCUGCUACAAGAAAAAUAGGACUGCCUUACACAUCAUUGACAAAGACUUUCUCUUGAAGGAAUGCUGUACACCAGACUGCACUGGGCAGGUGAUAAGUCUGGUCAUGUACGACCAAGAUGGCAAUGUUAAAAAGAGGUUGCAAAGUGACAGUGUACCUCCAAGGCCAAAAGAGAAGAAAGUCAUAUACAGGAUGAAAGCUAGCGGGAUAUACCGCCUGGAAAGAAAGAGGCUCCAAAAGGCAAGAAGGAAGGAGGCAAAAGAAAGAGCAAGAAGAGAAAAGCUUGGGCCACCAGCAGAGCUGGAGGAUGUAGAAAGUAGUCUAGAUUCCAAUGACAACCUAGAUCUUGUUCAGGAGGUAUUGGAUAGAUCUUCUCCAAUGAUAGACGGGGCGGUAAACAAAGACGAACCUGAAGUAACACUUAACACACAGCCACAAGAACAGGACCCUGUAAAGCCUGGAAAUAACUUUGGUUAUGUCCUGAAAAAGGACAAGUUAGACGAGGAGGAAGGUGGAGGUCAGCAGAAGGACAAAAAGAGCAAACAGCGCAAGAAGAAAAGCAAGGAAAAGCCAGCGGUGGAGCUGGAGAUGAACUUCCAUUUCAAUGACCCGCCGUCUGCGCGCAUUUCAGCCGCUGAUGCAGAAAACAUGCCAGAACCGAGAGCCUUCAUCCCCCACCAUCAUCAGUGGCACCAGGACCGCCCCUUCGCUCUACCAGAGCGCCUCCAGGAGCAAGCAAGACUGCUGGAGGCUGGAUAUGGAGGUGAUGUGAAUGUAAGAACUGGCAGCUUUCCAUUUCUUUCUCCUGUACAGUCACAGAGCACACCCCAAGUUGAUCCUGUCAAAGAAAACCUUUACUCUUAUUUUGCCUCUUUGCUCAGUGAGGGGCCUCUUUCGUUGGACAGCCCCAAACUCAUACAAGACCUGGACAACUUUCCUCCCGAAGCAAAAAAGCUGGUCGAUGACUCGGGCUCCCUUAAAUCCUUCCUUCUUGGUUCCCUCCAAUUUGUUGCCUCUGAAAACAUGGUGUGCCUUCUGAAAGAUGCCGGGAAACUCGGCCUUGCCUCAAAAAGAGAGAUCACUCCCCCACUGAACCCCUGUGCACCUACGUUCACUCCAAGAUCAUCUCCAGAACCGGACGAAGUUUCCAACGACUCCCCUCCCCCUCAGCUCAUGACUCCCUCGGACAACAGCCAGCAGUCCUCACCAGAUCUUAGCAGCAGUGCGGCUGAUGACAUGCCAAACAGUGGCGAUGACACCAGCAACAAAAUAACCAUCCAUCCACCUGAGUCAGACUCAAGCGUCCUUAAAGCCACGGGCCUCGACAAUAUCCUAGAUGAUGACGAAUCUUGGGACUCAAAGGGAUCGGACAAUUUUGGUGCCUUGGACGACUUCAGUGACGUAUCUCUUGUACCUUCUCAAUCAUCUUCAGGUGUGCCCACCUCUAGUGGGUCUCCCCCACAACAACUGCGUGUACCAGGAAAGCCUGCAUCUCAGUCGCCUUCAGCCCACAGUAACUCCGACUCCCUCUCCCAGGCAAGCCAGUCCUCUGGAGGGGAAUCCCUGGCAAGCGCGCUGAACUUAAUGGUUGCAAACAUGACUGCAAACAAGGAUACAGUAGAUUCCGUGGACUCUGGUUUUCACAGCGUUCACGACGACAAUGCUGUCUUGGGCAGCACUGUACAACCAAGUAGGGACAGCCAGCUUGACAACAGGACUGCUGAUGCCAUCUGGGCUAGUGGGAACCUUUGGGAGGAUAAAUCAUCCGGAGACACCAGGCAAGGAACGAAUGCAGGUGUAGGGAGAUCAGUAGACUCACUAGAAGCCGAGAAAGAAAAUCAGUAUAAAGCACCUGGAUCCCCUAUACAAAGACAGCUGAAACCAGAAUGUAAAGAAGCAACAUGCCAGGCCACUCCUGUUAUGCAGAGUGCAGCAGUGAACACUGUACCAGAGAAGAACUACAAAGAGGAUUACCUCCGUGUUGUGCAAGAGAAGGAUCGUCUGUCAGCAUUGCAUCAGGAAGCUUUAGACAGGAGCAUGCAGGUGAAAAGAACGAUGGAAGCAGAGCUUCAGGCAGCACAACAAGCUUUCGUCGAGAUGCAGACAAAGUACCAGGAAGUCAAAGAAGAUUUCAUUGGACUUUCACAGGAGAGAGAUGCCAGCAGUCGCAAAUGGCAGCAGGAGAAGAAAGACCUCUGCCAACAGGUCAACAAGCUUCAAGGAGAUGUGAAGUCGUUGAAAAAAGCGGAAGAAACGCAAAAGAAGGCUGCUCAGGAUGUGAGCAAGGAGUUUAUUGCGUUGUCUAAGGAACGAGACCGUCUCACUACAGAUAAGGUGAAGCUGGAGGACAGUGUGGUGAAGUUGGAGUCCAACUGGCAGACAGCACAUCGGCGCGCUCAGGAAGCAGAGGUUCUCGUCCUGGUGACAAGGAGAGACCACACUUGUCAGAUGCUGGAGCGGGCCAUGAAAGAAGCCGACAUGUACGUUCAAAACCUGGCCAAGCAGAGCGCUUCUCAGCCAAACAUGGCAGAACUGAGGCAACUUCUGGCCGGCUGGCAAGACAAUGUUAAGGACUGUAAACAGAAGAUUGGGUUGUGCAAGCAAAACUUCGAGGAACACAUUCAGAAGGUUCGGAAGGGUCAUGCCUUGUCUAGUUUGCCGGGAAUUGUUCCCUUAAUGCCUCCGCCACCCCCUCCUGUCCCACAAGCACUCCUGCAACCAUCUAAAGGUGCUGUUGGGAAUGGUCCAUCCCCUCAAGGAAGCGAGAAGUACAUCUCCCCGGUACCACCAGUAUCUCAGGCUGCUCCUGUGAAACAACCUCCCAAGGCAUUGCCCACCCAACCACCACCUAACUUAGCACCAACCCCUCCAACUACUGUGCAGCCACCUGCCCAAUCCAUGCAGCCACCAACACAACCCAGUGCAAGUGCCCAGGAAACCCAUGUGUUCGCACCUCAGCCAGUCCUUGCGACUCAAAACCAACCAGUUCCUGCACAAGCUGUGAACAUAGCUCCUAACGUAGGAGCCAACAGUAAGCCUAGACCAGCACCACCCCUUGCAGCAGCUUUGCAGCCCGUCCAAGUGCCUCAGACAAACAUGGCUGCCACACAACAGGCAAAUGGGCAACACAUUCACACUCUAGCUGCAGCGGCACAGGCACAAAGGGCAGGGAACCAUGCAUCUGCUAUGGCUAGUAUGAACGCAGCCAGCAAAAACAGCUUUGAGAAAAUCAUUGAAAAGCUAGCGUCCAUGUUCCCUAGCUACAGCCGAACUCAACUGACGGAUGUUAUCAAGGAAGUGCGCAAGGCCAACCAAGGCUCGCUCUCUGGGUUGUCCCUAGAGAUGAUCAUCCACCGUGUUGCCGAGAGGAUCCUACAGAGGCAGAUGGAGGAGCAAACAAGGCAGCUGAGGAAACAGCAGUUCACUAGGCAGCAGCAAGGGGGCGCACCCGCACGGCCACCCCACCAGCAGCAACCACAAGUGAUGGGAGGGGGCCACGGUGCAAGGAGUCAUCAAACAGCACCACCGCCGGGCUGGAACCAACCAAUGCCUCAGCGACGUCAGGUCAUGAACUGGAACGAUGACGAAUCAGACUGCAUUAUUUGCCACGACGUGAUGACUCCGGACACGGUGUGUCGUCUGGAAUGCGGACAUCUCUACCAUGUUGACUGCAUCCGCAAGUGGCUGAAACAGCAGAGUACCUGCCCGACAUGUAGGGUACAUGCACUUCUGCCAGACGAGUUCCCAUCACUGGGAGGCACCAAGUGGCACUGAGAGGUGGAUUGAAGUAGACUACUGACAGCAAAGGGUUGAGAAGGCCACAACAUAAGUUGACACUAUAGAUAUUGAAGUAAAAAAAAAACUAUAGUAAUUUGUAAUGUAGCAGAUAUUGGAUGGGUUUCUGUACUUAUUAUGUUGUUAGUAGGGUAAGUUUCAUCUGUUCUGUUGACAAUUAUAUGUUUUGAUAAUACAAUGUAGUUUCGUGCCUAUCACAACAAAGUUAUAACUGUGUCACUUUGUAAGUUUUGUCAAACUUUAGUAGUCUUAUGUUCAUUCUAGUGUCUAAGAAAACCAAGGAAAUGGGAUUUUCUAUAGUAUACUAGUCAGAACCCAAUGAUGGUUGGAAGGUAAUUUUAGUUUUUAAAUCUGUCAGUAGUACAGUCAUCAAGGAGCACAACUAGAUGAAGAAAAGGACUUUCUACAGUUGGAGUGCACUUGGAACUUGGAAGUAUAUGUUUUCCACACUUAAUCCAACCUUUGACACAGAAUAUAUAUUUCUAGGUAGGUUAACUAAGAUUUUGUGUGUAGUUUUGAUAUAAUUUUGUGAUUUUGUUAAAUAAAGUUGAAGAAAACA